UUCUCCCUGAGGAGUGGAAGGAAGCCGUGGAUCCAGGAGGGCCCAGUUGGGGCCUGGGGCAGUUGCACAGGCCAGGCUGGAGCUUCGGGGCCACGGGACCUGCCUUUGGCCCUGUCUCUGCUUCAGGGCCCCCGACCCGCGCGCUCUGGCUGCCCGAGCCAAGUUAGAAGAGUGAGGAGAGGAACGGCUUAGGCCGGAGAGGGAGUGGGGCCCUGCCCGCUGCUGGCCGGCCCCAGGAUCUGCGGGUGGCUUUGGGGCCCAAGAAUUCGCUGGUUGGGGGGAAUCUGUGGGGAAGAGGCCUGGAGAAUGACACUCUCCCCUCCACAACAGUCCGAGGUUAUGCGUCUCAAUGAUCCCGCGGAAACGCUACGGGUCUAAGAACACGGAUCAGGGUGUCUACCUGGGUCUCUCAAAGACACAGGUCCUGUCCCCUGCAACUGCUGGCAGCAGCAGCAGCGACAUCGCCCCUCUGCCCCCCCCAGUGGCCCUGGUCCCUCCCCCUCCCGACACCAUGUCCUGCCGGGAUCGGACCCAGGAGUUCCUGUCUGCCUGCAAAUCCCUGCAGAGCCGUCAGAAUGGAAUACAGGCAAAUAAACCUGCUCUUCGUGCUGUUCGGCAGCGCAGUGAAUUCACCCUCAUGGCCAAGCACAUUGGGAAGGACCUCAGCAACACAUUUGCCAAGCUGGAGAAGCUGACAAUCUUGGCAAAGCGCAAGUCCCUCUUUGAUGACAAAGCAGUGGAAAUUGAGGAGCUAACUUAUAUCAUCAAACAGGACAUUAAUAGCCUCAACAAACAAAUUGCCCAGCUUCAAGAUUUUGUGAAGGCCAAGGGCAGCCAGAGUGGCCGGCACCUGCAAACCCAUUCCAACACCAUUGUGGUCUCCCUGCAGUCAAAGCUGGCCUCCAUGUCCAAUGACUUCAAGUCAGUUUUAGAAGUGAGGACAGAGAACCUGAAGCAGCAAAGGAGCCGGCGGGAGCAGUUCUCCCGAGCACCCGUGUCGGCCCUGCCCCUUGCCCCCAACCACCUGGGGGGUGGUGCUGUGGUUUUGGGGGCAGAGUCCCGUGCCUCUGGGGAUGUAGCUAUCGACAUGAUGGACUCUCGGACCAGCCAGCAGCUACAGCUCAUUGACGAGCAGGAUUCCUACAUCCAGAGCCGGGCAGACACCAUGCAGAACAUCGAGUCCACAAUUGUUGAACUGGGCUCCAUCUUCCAGCAGUUGGCACACAUGGUUAAGGAACAGGAAGAAACCAUUCAGAGGAUCGAUGAGAACGUGAUGGGAGCCCAGCUGGAUGUUGAGGCCGCCCAUUCAGAGAUCCUCAAGUACUUUCAGUCGGUUACCUCCAACCGGUGGCUCAUGGUCAAAAUCUUCCUCAUCCUCAUUGUCUUCUUCAUCAUCUUUGUGGUCUUCCUUGCCUGAACCCUCUCCACUCUGAGGCACUCCGUGGGGGUUUAGAACCUACCUGGGAGGGCAGGUGGCCAGUGCUGCCAUUGAGCCUGUGCAGGGUGCUUGAGAGAAAGGCCCUGUUUUCCUGGAACUGCUAAGAAUGGCCACUGCCCCUGAUCCCCCACCCUUUGCCUCUGGCUGGCCACCCUGUCCUCCCCUCACCACCCUCAGGCCCAUGAAACACACACGGUUCUGGAUCUGGACACUGCUGUGAAGUGGCUGGAAAGGAGCAGCAGCCACCUGGGGGGUAGGUGGGGGAGGUUGUCUCCACUAGGAGAUUUUUAUAAACCCUUCCCAGCCUCUUCCCAAAGAAACUUCGGCAGCAAGGGGAGAUGAUGCCCUUCCUCACAUCCUGAGAGGAGAGGAAGUGAAACUGCCCCAGGGACCAACUUUCCCAUCUGGGUUAGAACUUGACCUCUUUAUUCUUCCUCCUCACUAUGUGAGGCAGGGGCCCUGAGCACCUCGGCGGCCUGUACAACCCCAAUUUUGGCUGCUGGUGACUCAGUCUGCCAAAUGCGCUGCAGCCUUUUUCUCCCAAUUACAGCAAGACUGUCAGCCUCA